AUGACAUCCACUGUAUCUUAUGCUAAUGUCGCUGCCAAGGGAACCAACCCGGUAGACAAGAGUAUGGAGCUCAGUAGUGAAACAAUGAGUGCUUUUGACUCAAGUAAUCUGGUAGACACUAGCUCAAACGUCUUGUAUCUGGUCAAGUCUCCCAAUUCUGGAAAUAACUCGGACACCACACUUUCUGCUUCGAAUCAAGAGACUGGUGAUAGCGACGAUAUUCCCUUGUCAUCGAAAUCGAUACCUGUUAAUGAAGGCAAGAAAGAGAAGAAGUCUCUUGCACCAGCACCUGUUCCUGAAAAGUCUGUAUGGGGCUCUAAUGGUUUACCCCCUAAGGAUGCACUGUCUUCUGUUAAUGUUGAUGAGCAUAAGUGGCCGACUCCAGAUAAAGUUAACCAAUUGGAGGGUCAAAACCAAAAUAGAUCUCAACUGCAGAAGUUCAUCAAGCCAAUCACGAAUAAGUGGGUACCUAUUAGUGCUAAGGUUGUCUUGCCAAACGCAAGAAACAAUGGCCAGAAACAAAACAGAAAUAGGAAGAACAAAAAGCAAAGUAAUGGUGGCAACACCAAUGUCAAUAGUACGACUUCUGUCUCGCAGAACCAGACUAGUUCUAGGAAGCAGAAUGGAGGUGUUAAAAACAAUAAUAAAAAUGCUCCCAACGGAAAUCAUGAUCAUCAAUCCCCUCAAAGUGAUCAAAAGUCUGUAAAUAGUUUUUCAGCUGGUAACGCAAACCGUGGAGUACCAAUUCUGGAUGUCCCUAAUGAUCUUGUAUUUAAUGGGUCCGAGAAUUCGGCUUAUAUUCAAUAUCAACAAUUCCAGCAACCUCCAUACCAGCCAAUUCAACAGGGUCAGUUUCCCCAGCAACAAUACCAGGAGGCAUCGAAGCCAAGGUACAAUGCCAAUGGAUCACUUUCUGGCUUCGGUAAGAAUAACUACAGGCGCUAUAAUGUUGCAACGAAUACUCCACAACAAUACAAGCAACGAUUUCAUGUUGGUAGUCAGCUGCCAUCUCAGAAUGGCUUUUAUCAUCCACAGCCAUUAGUACAAGGUCAAGGUUUUCCUAAUUUUAACAAUCAGUUCAGGCAAAAUCAAUUCAGACCGCAAGGCUACCCACAAAUGAGUGGGUAUGCAAAUGGCUCAUUUGGUUUUCCGACACCAGAGGUUCAAAUCCCCCCUCCAAUCUCUCCAAAGCAAGAACCUCAAGAGGCUUUGAAGCAGCAAAUUGAUUACUAUUUUUCAUUAGAGAACUUAAUUAGAGAUGUCUAUUUGAGGAAAAAUAUGGACGAAUCGCAUGGCUGGGUGUCUUUGCCAUUUAUUUUAAACUUUAAGAGGGUCAAGAUCAUCAUAAAUGGAAUUCAGAAUUCAAUUGAUAACAAAGAAAUUGACGCUGACUCAAUAGUUUUGGACUCUAUACUUAAAUGCGAAAACUUGGAGAUCAAUUAUAUUAAUGACAAAUCGGUUGAUACCGCCACUGUUGAUGAUAUUCAAUUGAGGGUAAAAGGGAACUUCCGCCAAUGGCUUUUGCCUAAUGAUGCUUGA